AUGUGUGUGUGUAUACUAUAAAUCUAAAAAGUCCUUUUUUUUUUUCAUUGUCUUGAUUUAGUUUUUUGCUGUCUUUUGGAAACGGUCUGAAGUCGGACAAGUGAAUCCGCCAUUUUCUCCUCGGUCUCUCUGCUUCAUCUCUUCAGUAUCGGAUCUGGGUCUCCUUCGCUUUCGUUUCAAGAUUAUUAUUUUCUGCUGGGCGAGGAGGCGUUAGCUGUAAUUCAUUGUUUACUUGCUUUGGCUAUUAAAAGCCGUCACAUAAAGUAAAAGCAACACUCACACACAUUCAUAUAUAGACACCACAUUUUUUACGUAUAUUGUGUGUGUGUGUGUGUUCUUUCGUCUCUAUCGGGUUUAGAUCUUGAUCUGAGAUUACAGAUUCAAGAACGUUCUUUAGGGUGAUGAGGAGUAGUUUGUGAGAUUGUCUCUUCAACUUCGAGUCUGAGUCUGAUCUGAAGUGAGAAACUUUGUUUUGUUUCGGUUUUUGGAAUCUUGUCUGUCUUAAUCUGGUGAGAUAACAAUGGGAAUGAGUCUCGAUUUCGAUGUUGAUCUCGAGAAAGGAGUGGUAGAUUGUGAAAAUGUUUAUACAAAGUCACCGGAGAAGCCCAUGUCUCCGGAUAGCAAACCGGUUAAAACCGGAGAAGAAUUAGAGAAUGAUGCAAGCCCGGUUCAAUGUGGGAUCAAUAAACCGGGAUGGGGGAGGAGUGAUCGGAAGGAGAAACGGAAGAAAUCCGCGUCGAAGCCUCCGCGGCCACCACGCGGACCGUCGCUGGACGCGGCGGAUCAGAAACUUAUCAGGGAGAUCGCUGAAUUGGCGAUGCUGAAACGCGCGAGGAUCGAACGUAUGAGAGCGUUGAAGAAAUCGAGAGCGUCCAAAGCUGCGUCUGCGGCUUCUUCUCUCGGCAAUGUUUUGGCCACUCUUUUCACCGCUAUUUUCUUCUUCGUACUCGUUUUCCAAGGAUUGUCACCGAGAGCAGCCGGGAAACCACACUCAGUCGUUGCCGGAAAUGUCAAUGGCGGGUUUGUUUCGGCUCAGUAUGCUGGAAAUCCGUCGGCGAGCGAACCGGAUGGAGGUUAUACCGGACCGGUAUUAGCACAGAGAUUUUCUCGUAGUUUACUUAAACCGAUAUCCGGUUUGGAGAAUGGAAAGAAGAGUUCACAGUAAACCGCAAGAAAGGAGUAUAGAAUUGGAAAAAUCAAAUCCAUACUGGUUUGAUCAAACCAUUUAUCGGUUUAGGUUGUCGGUGAACCAUGUACUCCUAUUAUCAUACCGAUAAAUUUUUUGGAGAGAAGAAAAAGAAAAGAUGGGCUGCUUUCUCAGUGGCUGUAAAAUGAUAAUUAUCCGAUGUGGGUAAAGAUUAGUUUUGUGUCGUUUUCUUGAAUAAUAAACUGAGAGAGAGAACUAAGUUUUACACAUAAUAAUAAAAUCAGUGUUAUGUUAUUCAGCUAUCUCUUAUUAUUAUACAAUUAAUUCAAAAACUGAGAUAA